AUGCUUCCGGGUCGCUGCCGGCUGCCGCCUCCCGGCGCGCUCCAGAGCAUUGCAGAGAAAGACGACAACCUGGUACCUAUUGGCAAGCCGGCCUCAGAGCACUAUGACGACGAGGAAGAGGAAGAUGAAGACGACGACAAGGACCGUGAAGAGGACUCAGAGGAUGACGAGGACAUGCAGGACAUGGAUGAGAUGAAUGACUACAAUGAGUCACCUGAUGACGGGGAGGUCAAUGAGGUGGACAUGGAAGGCAACGAACAGGAUCAGGACCAGUGGAUGAUCUAGGUAGACAGAAAAGGUGGUCUCAAGAAAAGGGGUCCAAGGACGGCCCUGGACUCCCUGCAGAACCAGCUGAUCACCCACCCCCAUGGCCCACCCCAGCACCUGAAUGCUCAUCCUCAGGCACUUCCUCAGCUGCUGCCAGGACCUGAUCUUCUUGGUCCCUCCCAGGCCAUCAGUCUGCCC